CCCGGCGGGGCGGAGCCGCCGCCGCCGCUGUGAUGGCGUCGCGGGCGUUGCGGGCGGAGGCGCAGCCGCUGCGGUGCCAAUAGAGAGCGGAGCGGCCGGGCCGGGCAUGGAGAGCCUGGCGCAGCCCCCGCCGCCCCCGGGCUCGCUGCAGACGGGCGGCGGGGGCGCUGCCAGCCGGCUCCGCCUGGGAGAGGCGGCGGCGGGCGAGGGCGGCUGCAGGGAGGCCGAGGAGGGCGGCGGGCGGCGCAGCCCUUCCCCUCCGCCGGCCCCCGCUCCCGCCGCGACCCCUCAGAGCGCGUCGCCCUCCCGGGCCGCGGAGGGUGCUGCGGCCGCGGAAGGCGCGGGGCUGGCGGUGCCGGAGAGUCUCGGAGCGGCGCCCGCCUCGGAGAGCGCUCCCGCGGGAGCCGGCUCCGGGAGCAGCGGCGCUCCCAGCCCGCCGGGGGAGGAGUCCCGCAGCCUGGACUCGCUGGAGUCCUUCUCCAACCUGCACUCCUGCUGCCCGAGCAGCUCCGAGCUCAACAGCGACGCCGACGAGGCGGUGGUGGCGGGGGCCUCCUCGGGGGGCCCGGCCCCGGAGCCCGAAGGGGACAGGCCGGCGGCGGGCUCCCAGCUCCUCUCCGCUUCCAAGGAACGCUUCCCGGGCCAGUCGGUCUAUCACAUCAAGUGGGUCCGCUGGAAGGAGGAGAACACGCCCGUCAUCACGCAGAACGAGAACGGCCCCUGCCCGCUGCUGGCCAUCAUGAACGUGCUGCUCCUGGCCUGGAAGAUUAAACUGCCACCGAUGAUGGAAAUCAUAACGGCUGAACAGCUGAUGGAAUACUUAGGAGACUACAUUCUUGAUGCAAAACCUAAAGAGAUAUCUGAAAUUCAGCGUCUUAAUUAUGAGCAGAAUAUGAGUGAUGCAAUGGCAAUUCUGCAUAAGUUGCAGACGGGUCUGGACGUCAAUGUGAAGUUCACAGGUGUCCGGGUGUUUGAAUACACACCUGAAUGCAUAGUGUUUGACCUGCUCGAUAUCCCCUUGUACCAUGGAUGGUUAGUGGACCCUCAGGUUGCUGACAUAGUAAAAGCAGUUGGUAACUGCAGUUACAAUCAGCUGGUGGAGAAGAUAAUUUCUUGUAAACAGUCAGAAAACAGUGAACUGGUUAGUGAAGGGUUUGUAGCUGAGCAGUUCCUAAAUAACACAGCUACACAAUUGACAUACCAUGGACUGUGUGAGUUGACUUCAGCUGUCCAGGAGGGAGAGCUUUGUGUGUUCUUCAGGAACAACCAUUUUAGCACCAUGACCAAAUACAAGGGUCAGCUUUACCUGCUGGUGACAGACCAGGGCUUUCUUACAGAAGAGAAGGUUGUGUGGGAAAGUUUACACAAUGUGGAUGGUGAUGGGAAUUUCUGUGACUCUGAAUUCCACCUGAGGCCUCCAUCAGACCCUGAAACUGUCUACAGAGGGCAGCAGGAUCAAAUAGAUCAGGAUUACCUGAUGGCAUUGUCUCUACAACAAGAGCAGCAGAAUCAAGAAAUUAACUGGGAACAGAUCCCAGAAGGAAUCAGUGAUCUAGAGCUAGCAAAGAAGCUCCAGGAGGAGGAGGACAGGAGAGCUUCCCAGUACUAUCAGGAACAAGAACAAGCAGCUGCUCAGGUCCAGCAGGUACAAGGUGCUGCCUCUCCAGCCAGCACACGACAAUCCGGGAGCAACGAACGCAAACGCAAAGAGCCUCGAGAGAAGGAGAGGGAGAAGGAGAAGAACAGCUGCGUUCUCUUGUAACAGAACAUGGAUCCAUCUGGAGCCGAGUGCAUGUCCUCAGAAGCAAAAACAAGGAGUCAAAAGGAAGACAAACCUGUUACAUGCCGCCUGUGCCUGAUUACCCCAUGGAUUUUGUUCAUGUUCCAAGAGAGGGUGGAUGACUUUGACCAAUCAGACUUCCUUCAAAGUCAUAGCGCGUGCUGCUCACGAGGGAAUUCCAAAUCACAGUUGGAUGCGGCUGUGCUUUGAGUUAGUCAUAAGAAAUAUUGCACCUUGUAGCUGAACACACAACUCAUGGCAAGUCCUGUGUCAUAGUGACAUCCAUUACUCAUUACAUCAGUUAGUAAGCUAUUUUAUCUUCUACUCUAAACCAAGGUAAUUCAUGUUGUGUAAGGCUUUUUCCUGAAGUCUGUACACGAGCACAACGGAGUUCUGUGUUACUUCCGUAGUAUGAAGCUAUAUCUUAGGCUGGGUAUAGUCUCCACGACACAAGAGCCCAAAUAACAGCUGGGCACUGCCUCCUCAGUGUGUCCAGAUUUCUUUGCUUCUGGAUCUGGUAUGUUCUUUUUUUGAACCCAGAUUUAUACUUGUUACUGCUAUCACUGCAUUUCCUGGCCAGCUUUCUUGCCCCAAGAGUAUGUGACUUGAUAGGCAGCAUACAAAAAUUGUCAUGAAGAAAAUGGGGCAUUUAUUAAAAAGCAAGAUGAAUAUUGUUUGCUUUUCUUGCAACUACAAACUGGGUAUGGCAACUCAGAUGUUAUCAGGGUUAAACAAUUUUAUAGGUAACUUCUUUUUCUUUUAUUAUUUUUUUUUCUCUUGUAGGUAAACUGGACCAGAUAAGCUUUUAUUUAUUGACCUCUCCAUAUGAUAGAUGAAUGACGAGAGGAAACUAAAGUCUAUAAUAAUCGUUAUUCUCUAUAAGAAUGCAGAGUUAAAAUAACUAAUAUCUGCCUUUUAUCCAGAAGUACCUUGAACUUCAACAUGACAUUAACAUGUCCACUUGUAUAUUUAAGCAAGUGUACUGUAGUUAGAAACACACUUUUUUGUUUGUUUUAUAAAUCAUGUAUUCUUAAAAAAGCACACUUCUGAAGGGGUGAGAGGAGUGAAGCUGCCUCUCUGAGAUGGUUUGAAAGGUGAUCAGGUGUAAUAUUUUGUUUUUUAAAUCACUAAUUUAGAAUUUUUGGAAACCAGAUUUUUCUAAUUUAUGGGAACCAAAUAAACAUGUUGCAUCUUGUAGUAUUUAUAGAAUGCAGAAACAGAACACUUGGUGAAUUUUGAGGGAACCAUAAAUCUUCCUCCACUUCCAUUAAAUCAAUAACAAUUAGUUCUUGGUGAACCUUUUGAUAAAAAUUUCUAUUUAGCGAUUU